AUGGAAGCUAAUUCCGAGGUUGAUUAUGAGUAUAAUUAUGAGGAUGAUUCAUCGGAGCCUAAAGUAUUGAAAGAAGAUGUCUCUGCUGCCACGGAAAGACUCGCCAGUGUCCGUGUAUCGCCCAGGAGUGAAGCCCAAGAUCCCAGCUUACCACUUGACCACGAGCAAUCGAAUGUUGGGGACCGACUCAAGAAUGUUGGGAAAUUUGUUGCGGCCGAUGUUGGGAAGGCCAUAACAUAUGAACGAGUUGAGGGCUCUAUACGAAUCCGACGCCAAGCUCUGCCAAGAACCUGCACAAGCGUCCUGCCAUCGAUGUCGGAGUGA